AUGAUGGUCUCCGGUCUCUUCAACAGGAAGACCAAAGCUGGGGACGAUGGCCCAGGUCACGUAGCCGACGAAGGAGAGAUGUCCGAUGGUAGUGUGCAAUAUGUCAUCGAGAAGUCUGGUAACACCCAAGAAGUUUCCUAUCAGGAGGCUUCUGGCGCUCCAGUUGAGACAGAUUCGCCCCUUGGAUACUCAGUCGGAGCCAUCACGAUCAUUUGUCUGAACCUUAGCAAAAUGAUUGGAACCGGCAUCUACUCGACGCCUUCUACCAUUCUCAAUUACACUGGCUCGGUCGGUGCUUCGAUGUUUUACUGGACGUCCGGUUUCUUCAUCUCCUUGUCGUCUAUGGGAGUUUACCUCGAGUAUGCGGCUUAUUUUCCCAAUCGCUCUGGUUCGGAAGUCGCGUACCUCGAGCAAGCCUACCCGCGUCCAAAAUACUUCUUUCCGGUCGUCUUCGCCGUGCAGGCUGUCAUUCUGUCUUUUAGCAGCAGUAACGCAAUCGUGUUGGCUCAGUAUCUAUUCGCCAUCAAUGGUUCCACGCCUUCUGCAUGGGAGCUGAAGGGCGUCGCAGCUGCUGGCUACACUGUGACUGUCUUGUUGCUGUGCUUUCACACCAGGUACUCGUACUGGUUAUCAAAUGGUAUUGGUAUCAUCAAACUAGUGACCUUAGUGUUCAUAUCGAUCACUGGCUUAGUGGUACUCGGUGGCCACACGCGCGUGCAAGAUCCACUAAUGAACUUCCGAGAACCCUUCAAAGGCAACAUAACCCCAUACGGUGCCACCACGGCUCUAUAUAGAAUCAUCUUCUCAUAUGCUGGCUAUGAAAACUCGUUCAACGUAGCCAACGAGAUCAAAAAUCCAAUCAAAUCGAUCAAGAAAAAUGGCUUCAUUGCCUUGCUCCUUGUCACCGUACUGUAUAUCCUGGCUAAUGUUGCCUUCUUUGCAGCUGUCCCCAAGGCCGAGUUGCAAAAUGCUGAACAAAUUGCGGCUUCUUUGUUCUUCACCCAUGUUUUCGGUUCUGGCGGCGCCGUCAAAGGGUUGAACUUCCUUAUUGCGUUGAGUGCCUUCGGCAACCUACUCGCUGUGCUGAUAGGCCAAUCUCGCCAAAUUCGAGAAUGCGGGAGACAAGGUGUCCUUCCUUAUCCGCGCUUCUGGGCAUCGACCCGCCCCUUCGGCACACCACUCGGUCCUUAUUUUGUCAAGUGGCUCUUGACCAUGGUCAUGAUUGUCGCACCUCCCGCUGGCGAUGCGUUCAACUUCAUCGUGGAUCUGCAGGUCUACCCUGGUUCGCUCUUUAACUUGACAUUGGCCAUUGGCCUUAUCUUCACACGCAACCGUCGCAAGAGACUCGGCCUUCCCGAGCCCAGCUUCAAGGUCUGGAAUCCUGUUCUGGCCUUCAAUAUUUUAGUGAAUCUCUACCUUAUCGUUAUGCCUUGGUACCCACCACCCAGUGGCAAGGGCGAUGUGUCGUUUUGGUACGGAACGUAUAUUGUCACUGGUAUUGCGAUCCUUGUUGUGUGUGGUCUGUACUACAUAGGCUGGAUCUACGUCAUUCCCAAGGUUCGUGGGUACCAGAUUCGGCAGGGACUCAUCACCUUGGACAGCGGAGCGAGGACCCACCAGCUGAUCAAAGUACCUGUGAGCGAGCUAGCCGCUUGGGACGCGACUCAUGAUGCUCUGGGUCGGGACCUAGCUGAUGGCAAUAGCUCGCAGCAGAGCGCGCCAGAAGAUUCGGUUGUUGCGCACAAAGCUUGA